UUUUAAAUCUAGAGUACGUUCCCUUGCGGUUUAGUCAUUCAGUAAAAUUACAUACAGGCAUUAUCACAGCUGAUUAUCAACUGGUGAUGCAAUGGCUAUAACAUGAUUUAGUAUAAAAAUUUGAGGAGCCAGUUAUAGCAGUAUCAACAUGAGAGGACCUAGGUCACCACAAAGGCAAGCUCUUGAUGGCUAUUCUUGUCACUUAUUGUUUGAUGCCGAAGGAAGCAAAAAAUUGCAGGAAAUUUCAAUUCCCGAUGGCAAUCCUAGUGUCAGUUUAAAUCUUGAGAGAGCAGAAAGGGAGACAAGAACUGAAGAUGUUGCAGCUGAUCUUCAACUUAAACUUGUGACCUCUGACACUUUGUUUUGUAAUUGUUGCCAGACAAAAUUUGCUAACAGAGAAGAUCAGCUUGAACACUACAAAUGUGACUGGCAUAGAUACAAUCUUCAUCUGCGAUUAAGAAAUAUGACUUCUAUUUCUGAAGAAGAAUUUGAGAAAAUUUCCGGUGACGUUUCAAGUAUAUCAGGCUCUGAUGAGGAUGAUGAUGAUGAUGAAGACAAUGAAAGGGAACAGGUUCCGGUAGCAACAAAUGAUUUCGAAGAAGAAACUCCCAAGGAACACAAAUACCAUAAAGUUUUCUUUAAAAAUAAAGAUGACGAGCUUUUAUCAGUGUACAGAUGCCUCUUGCAUCACAAGAAGAACCCUUUAGAAAACCAUGAAGAUCUUGUCACUGCAAUUAAUCAACUACCAAAAAAAUUCAAAUGGAUUGUUUUGAUGGUGUCAUCUGGCCACUUUGCUGGUGCAGUGUUUUAUGGGAAUGAAGUAAUAGAGCACAAAACCUUCCAUCGUUACACAAUUAGAGCUAAACGAGGCACUGCCCAGUCUAGCAAGGACAGUCAAGGCAACGCACCAAAAAGUGCAGGUGCCUCAUUAAGAAGAUACAAUGAAUCAGCAUUAGUUCUUGAGGUACAAGAACUGAUGUCCAGCUGGUCAGAGCACAUUAGACAGUGCGACCUGGUGUUGAUGAGGGUGCCAGUGGCCAACAGGGCCAUGUUUUUUGGAGGUAAAGAUCCAGGGCUCAAGAAAGAUGAUCACAGAAUUCGGGUUAUUCCAGUCACAACAAGAAGACCAACAUUUAAAGAAAUCAAGAGAGUUCACCAACUACUGGCUACUGUAGAAUGUUAUGGAAAGAAUGCAGAAAUCGCUGAUUUGAUCCCUAAAGCCUUCCAGACUAAAAAACAUGCUGAGCAGUCACAUGAAAAAGUUUCACAAGACAAUAAAGAGAAACAAAAGAAAAUACCACAAGUAGACAGCUUUGUGAAUGACCAUGAAAAUAUGUGUGAUACAAAAUUAGACGAGGAAACAGAUCACAAACCUCGGGAGGCAGAGAUUAAAAAAAAGUCAAAGAAAAAAUCCAAGAAUGUUUUAGUGACAACUGAAACCUCAGAAGAAUCUAAAGAAACUGAUGAGGAGACAACUCGUGUGAGAAACUUGCUAUUCACUGCUUGUAAAACAGGGGAUUCACAACUCCUAGAAAAAACUUUAACAGAGUUUGACAAUUCUACAACACAACCACCAGCAGAUGUCAGUCAAACAGAGGUAAAUCUUUGCCAUCAAACCGAGGAAAAGCAAGUUCAGGAAACAGCAAGUAAUAAUUCAGUUGAAACAACAGAUCAGAACAAGCCGACAUUAGGAGAACCGAACUCAGUAGAGACAGACUCUUCUAUGGCUACUGGUGACAGUACAAACCUCAGACAGUACUCUGCUGCUGUUGUCUCCCUUUUAAACAUGCCAGUCUAUGAGAGUGGGACAACAUUUUUACAUAUUGCCUCUAAAGAAGGUCACCAUGACACAGUCAGGAUUUUGUUGGAAGCGGGAUCAGACCCCUCUAUAAAAGACAAAGGUGGUAAAACACCUUAUAAUUUUGGAGAUUCAGAAGUCAGGAAUACCUACAGACGUUUCAUGGCAAUGUACCCUGACAGAUAUGACUAUACCAAAGCUCAGGUUCCAAGUCCUCUCACAGCAGAAAUGGAAGCUGAGAAAAAACAAAAAGCAGCAGAAAAAAGAAAAGCUAAGAAAAAAGCACUCAAUGAGAAAAACAAGGAGAAAAAAGCUGCAGAGGCAGUGAUGAGGCAAGAAAAUCAGGAGAAGGAGAGGUUUCUGUCUUUAUCAGACAGGGAGAAGCGAGCAUUGGCUGCUGAAAGAAGGCUUUUACAGCAAAGUAUUAAUCAAGGGUGUGUAAAGCCAGUUCUCAGUCGGUGUUGGCAAUGCGGAACAGACAUCACAGGAAAAGUACCCUUUGAAUAUUCAGACUACAAAUUUUGUACAACAAAAUGUUUAAGGGAACACAGAUCUAAGCCAUCCAGCUGAUAAUUUUUUUUUAUUUUUUGUUCAAAUGACACAGAGAUUAUUGGAAAUAAUUUACAAUCAAUAUUUAAUUAGUCAUUUUAAGCAAUAAUAUAUAAUUUAAAAAAUAUGUAAGAUUUAACAUAUGAUAAUUUUGAGAACUAAAUCAAAUAAACACAACACUUGUAAUGGUAUUGGUGUGUUAAAAAUCUGGUAAAUGGGAUGGAAAGUAUAACACAGAAUUUAUUACAACCCUGGUGAUGGAAGUAUGUGAUAGUUUGUUUUAAAUUCUCCUAAAUUGCAUCUAAAAAGGAAAUUUUAAAACAGGUUAAUGGAAAAAGUGUGUAAUAAAUAUUGAAAAUCAAACUUACAUAAGCUAAUAAAUAAAUUAUAAACUAAUAUACCAUUUUUCUAACCAAUCCAUUGGUAAACAAUGUUUAAAACAUAAUUAAAUUUUCAUUAUUGUUGUGUAUAUUGUUUUAAAACAAAUGCUUUCCUUGUAAACAAAUUUAUUUGUCUAAGCUAGAAAAAUAAAAAUGA